AUGUUCCGCUCGUUACCCCCGGACGAGGAAACCCAAAGUACAGGCCUAAGUAAUGCGGCAGAUGCAGAACUAGAACGUCACGGAUGUGCCCGCAAGGGCGUUGGUGCGGGUAUUGAAGCACCAGCUGAAUCUGACGGUACCAACCAAGACCAGCGAGCGGUUGACUAUGUUGAGUUGCGGGUGUGGGAAAACGAAGAGUCGCGUAAGAAGGCGGACGUGCUACAGAUGCCCUUCAUGCAAAAAAUGCAAGACCUAGGUGUUAAAUUGGAAACGGGCCUUUACAGGCGUGUGUUUGACGACGCACUUAUCCGCCUUAUCCAGGCAAAAAGUAAACAGGAGCCAUUCCUGGCUCCUGAUCACUUUACUCCAUUCACAGGAGAACCUGACACAAAUGUGCAGGCUUCUAGGCCUGCUAUUCACACGCUUACGAGUGAGUUUGGUUUCGUGGAAAUUUUCAAGAAAUUAUUUGGAGGGAAAGGCGAGGAACAGGAGGAAGCGCCCACAACAUCGGAGCAACGAAAGAGUGCCUGGCAGGAGGAAGAAAGGCAUGCUGAGUUCGCAUUUUGCUCUGACGUGGGGUUCAGAGGCCUUCACCCAGAGGAAGGUGGUGAAGAAGCCGCAUGUUGGAGUCGAUGCGGCCGUGUUUGCGAAGGAGCAAUGUUUCUUGCUGAGGAUGCACUGCCGGAGUGGAGACUUGUUCCCGUCGCGACAAGGACAAAGCCCUGCAAAACGCCUGCUAAAAAAUCUGCAGUUCAGAUUUUGUGCAAGGCUAUCAAGAAACCGACGCAGUACGACAUCAGCAGUGCUGUAAAACAGGAGACAACUUUUGACGUUGAGGCGCAACAGCAAGAACAAAUGCAGCAGCUGUCAAAGCAACAAAUGCUGCUGCAGCACCAACCACCUUCAACACACGCCUUCGCAGCAGCUUCCCCUGGGUACCUUCCGGAAGAAGCUCAACUGGCGCCUCAGACUUUUGCAGCUGCAGCGUAUGGACGAGGACGAAGCGCUCUCCCACAGUGGGCUCUUUACCUCAUCAUCACGGGGGUUGCUCUGCUGUGUGGUCUUAUCCUCUGCUGCUGUUUAUGCUUCUGCCGGCGCUAA